AUGACUUCCGACUUCACACAGCAAUCGGCACAUCCGCCUCUGAACCCACCACCAUUUACUGCAAACCAACCGCAGACGAUACGAUUACACCCUCUAUCCAACUACACGUUUGGUACCAAGGAUGUCCAGCUUGAGGAGGAUCCCUCCGUGCUGACCAGGCUGAGGAGACUGGAGGACCACUACGAGAAACAUGGCAUGAGAAGGACAUGCGAAGGCAUUCUUGUAUGCCACGAACAUAAUCAUCCACAUGUCCUGAUGCUACAGAUCGCAAACGCUUUCUUCAAGCUACCCGGAGACUAUCUUCCACCUGAGGCUGAGGAGAUACCUGCUUUUACCGACUUGCUCAAUUCUCGCCUUGCGCCUACAAGUCCCACGACGCAGGAUCUUGAGUGGCAGGCACUCUCGAUACCGAAAAAUAUGAAGCUGUUAGCUGUCCCUCUCUUUGAGCUGUAUGACAACACAGCACGAUAUGGCCCGCAACUGAGCGCGAUCCCACACUAUUUGAGCCGAUAUCGAUUCGAGUUUGUGGACGAAGAAGGAAGAGUUAGUCGCGUGACGCCUGGUGGAGAAGCUAUGAGUGGUGGAGGCGGUAUUAAGGUGCUUAUUGAUGGAGAGAUUCUUGAUCAGAACGGAAGUGCACAAUUGAAAGGGGAAGACGACGAUGAAGUGGAUAUGAAGAAGAUCAAGGUCGAGCUGGGAAACGUAGAGGGAAUGAAGGAUGAAGACGACGUCAAACAGUGA